GCUUUGAAAUAUCCUGGGAAGAGUGAAAGUAAUAAUAGCAUGCCAAGUGUUGACAGUGUGAAAGUGGCAGUACGGGUGAGACCUUUCAGUCAGAGGGAGAAGGAUGCAGGCAGCAGGUGUGUGAUUUCUAUGAAUUCCAGCAGCACAAGCAUAUAUGAUCCUAAGAAUCCAGGGCACAUGAAAACCUUUACCUUUGACCUGGCUUACUGGUCCCACAGUGGAUUUCUAAAGGAUAAAGAUGGCAUGCUCAUUUCAGCUGGAUCCAACAGCAGAUAUGCAGGCCAGAGAGAGGUCUUUCGUGACCUUGGUCAAGGAGUCCUAGACAAUGCCUGGCAAGGUUAUAAUGCUACUCUCCUAGCGUAUGGCCAGACUGGCUCAGGGAAGAGCUAUUCUAUGAUUGGAUAUGGUGCAAACAGAGGCAUAAUUCCAGUUGUGUGUGAAGAGCUCUUCAAACCAAUUCAGAACCAGAAGAACAAGCAAUAUCAGGUUACUUUCAGUAUGCUGGAAAUUUAUAACGAGCAGGUAAUAGAUUUACUGUCUGAAACCAAGAAACCUGGUGGACUCAAGGUUAGAGAAGACCAGCAACAAGGCUUUUAUGUGGAUGGCUUGAAACUGGUGCCUUGUGACAGCUACGCACAAAUUGAGAGGUUAAUGGAACAAGGAACUAAAAUAAGAACCACAGCUUCAACCAGCAUGAAUGCUACAAGCAGUCGAUCUCACAUGGUCAUUACCAUCCAAUUCAAACAGAUUUUUCUAGAUGAAGAUAUCACCAAGCAAUCCGUUAUAAAUCUGGUGGACUUGGCAGGAAGUGAAAGGCAAAAGUCUUCAGGCUCUGAAGGGGACAGGCUGAGAGAAGGGACAUGUGUAAAUCUGAGUUUAACCACCUUAGGAAAUGUCAUCAGUGCUCUGGCUGAGGUGGCUAUGGGGAAGAAAGUGUUACAUAUCCCAUACAGAGACUCAGUUCUAACAAAACUCCUGCAGUCGGCUCUCGGGGGGAACAGCAGGACUAUCAUGAUUGCAGCUGUAAGUCCAGCAGACAUCUGCUAUGAAGAGACUUUGUCAACAUUACGAUAUGCUGAGAGAACAAAAAAGAUCAAGAACAAAGCAGUGAUAAAUGCAAGUCCAAUGGAGAAGCAUAUAAUGGAGCUGAAAGCAGAAAAUAACAAACUGUUGUCCAGACUGACUGGGCUUGGAAACUCUGGGAAAACAGUAGCAGAUGAAACCAAAGAACUGCGAUGUUUGCUGGCUGAAAAUGAACUGCGGAUUCGGAAUAUUCAGUUAACAUGGGAAUAUCGUCUGGAAGAAGCUCGGAAGGAAUGGGAACAGCAGUAUGCUGCAAUUACUCAGGAGAGACGGAUGAUGGAGACAUUCCCAUAUCUCUUGAAUAUCAAUGAAGACCCUCAACUCUCCGGGGUUCUCAAGCACUUCAUUCAGGACGGUUCAUGUGAUGUUGGUCAGUCAGCCUCAAAUGCAAUAACCCUUAAAGGUUUAGGCAUUUUGGACAAGCAUGCUACAUUCACAAAUACUGAGGGCAAAGUUACCAUAACGCCGCGGCAAAAGUGCAAAGUUGUUAUCAAUGGUGUACCCAUCACUAUGAACACUAAACUGCAGCAUCUGGAUCGUGUUAUUUUGGGAUCAAACAGUGCUUACCUUUAUGUUGGAUUUCCUGCAGAACGCACCAAUGAGGACUUGAUCAGAUAUGAUUAUGAUUUCUUUCAGUCAGAGCUGGCGGCAGCAGAGGGCUUCAGUGUAGAUAAACUUGGAAUUGUCAAUAAUAAGGAUGGCAAACCAGAUCCUAGUGUUCUUGCAGUAUUCCAUGAUUAUAUCAAGCUAAUGCCUUUGGUUGCAGAAGCAAAUCAGAUGAGUGAGGAGUUGAAAAAGGAGCUCAAGUUGGAAUUGAAAGUGAAAAAUCUAGCAUCAUCUGACUCCAGAGGUUAUGAUCUGCAAAAGGAAGUAAUAGUAAAAGUGACUAACAAAAUGACUAACCAGGUGUGGGUGUGGUCUAAGGCCAAGUUCAUCAACAGGAAAUUCCUAAUGGAGGAGGUUUACCAGCAUUUUUUAGAUGGAGAGGAUGUGUAUGUGGGCCAAGACCAUGACCCAUUCUGGGAUCCUGUUGAGGUCAUUCAUUUAGGAUCUGCUCACAUUUGGCUUCAGUCACUUGCUUACUGCAUGAAGCUGGAAGAACAAACAGAAGUUCUGAAUUCUGAAGGAAUGGAGGAAGCUAUUCUACUUCUAAAUAUAGCUCCGUGUUCCAGUGAUGGAAGAGCCUUCGGAGAAGAUGAUAUGGUCAUUGACCCUUUGGAAUUGCUGGGAAGAAGAAUUGAUUUCCAGAUUCACAUCUUACAGUGCCUUGGAGUCAAAUGGCUUAGAGAAGUCACCGAACGGGGCAUUCAGAUAGGGUACAGAGUUUAUGAUCUUCCUCACUCUCUAUACACAAAGCCUGUCUGGAAAAACAUGAAUGCUAAGAUUGAAGAGACAGUCCACUUCUCAGCCCUAAAUGCAUCCCACGAAUUUUUAAAUUAUUUACAAAAAAAUGCUUUAAUUGUUGACUUGUGGGGGCUUCAAGAGGGGUGCGCUGAAUUGGAUGACUCCCUACAAGACAUGGUCACAAACGAGGGCGCCAUUAUAGUUGAUAAUCCAAAAACUGUGAUUGCAAAGGAUAUUGGUCUGAGCACAACUAACCAGAUAUCUGAUCUUUACCUGAAGCUGCUGAAGUUGGAAGAGGAGACUGAACUUCUCAGAGAUAUUAACAGAGCUUUAAGGGAAGAAAAUGUAUUUCUUAAAGAUAAACUGAAGAAAUGGGAGCCAGGACACCAUGAAAGUAAGAAAUUAAAGUCCCCUAAUAAAAGGGCAAUUAAGAUGACCAAACAGCCUCUCUCAUCAAAGGAAGCUGACCAGAUGUGCAACCAUCGGACCAGCUAUGAUGCUGAUUUUGCUAAAGCUCUUAAGGUCUUCUACCAAAACAUGAACAUAGUGAGAGGGCAAUUCCUGAAGCUGAAGCACAGCAAACCCCCUGAAGAAGAUAACCUGCAGAUGCUACAUCUUUUUACAGAGACACAAUCAUAUAUGUUGAAGGAUUUUGGGGAGCAGCUUGAAUCUAGCAUAUGCAGAUUGAAAAAUGAUGUUGCUCUUAUAGUUAAAAAGAAGAGAGAAAGCAUGGCUUAA